UGCAUCCUGGCGGACCACAUAGAAGAAAAUCCAGUCGACCGGUAUCCUGUUAUAAGAAUGUACAAUAUCCAGACGCUAUUCAUCACCUUUCAACACAAUUAUAAUAACGUCAUUAUACUCUUGGUCGCGUGACUUUCAUCCUACCUGUUACUCUAUCGCACAACAGACCAUAACAGGGGAAUUACAUUCCGAGAACGGCGUAACACAGACACAUUUGUAUAUGUACAUAUAAACCAUUGAUUAAAAAUAAAAUAAUAACUUAUCAAACGGUAGCCUACCUGCUGAGAUGCUGUCCGCCUCCUUUCGAAGCGCGUCCACAAUAAACGUGUGAGCGCGCUACGGCUUUAUCUAACGGUGGCACGCAGGAACCAUUGUAUAUCAUUGUAGCCGGGGAACAAUUUCACAGACGUACCGUAUUUGGUUGUCAUGGAUCCACCUACAUCAUACGAGGAAGUAGCUAAGUUUUAGUUUAGUGAUUUAUACAUCCAUGGAUUUAGCUCGUUAAAUGCUAUUAUUAGCUAUCGUUACGUGUUAAAUAGUUAUGUAUAUGUUGCUUAAUGUAGGGUUGAGCGUGUACGAAGACUUAUGAGCAAAAACGGAAAAUACUUUACCCUUGCUAAAAAGUUAAAGCUACUGUGUUUUGCUGUAGGUGUAUCCCGGUUCCACCAUGCAUUCACACACGGACAGUGGACUGGGAGACCUGGAGGCCCAGCUGGUCAGGAAAGAGAUGGAGUGGAAGGAGCUCCAGGCUGCCAGGGUUCAUCAACGGGAGACUUCCCUCAAAAUGGCCCAGGAGGAAUGUUUAUCCCUCAGAGAACGUUACCAGCAACUGAAGGAAGAUUUCCAGUUCAACCUGGCCAUCCUGGAUGAACGAGACAGAGAGCUGGAGAGAUAUGAUGCCCUGACUGCCAGCACUCUGACUGAGCAGAAAAACAGGCAGGAGGAGCUGAAACAGCUCCGUAUGCAGGUUGCUGAGCUGGAGGAGCAGAGAACCAGAGAGGCUGAGGAGAGGCAGGAAGAGCUCAGGAAAAGCUGGCACAAUGCUGCUCAGCAAAGGUUACAGCUGGACGAGCUCAAGUGCUCUAUGGCUACUCAAAUUCAAAAGCAAACAGAGGAAUAUGAAAGGAUGAAAUGGGAUUCACAGUGCAGGAUACAAGAGUUGCAAGGAGAGCUGGCCCUUCAGAGACAGGAGGUGACAGCAGCUUCUGAAGCUGAGCUCAGACAGCAGCAACAUGAGUUCAACUUGAAAAUGGAUCAGAUGCGUGCUGUGCUUCUGUCCUGUGAUCUCAAGGUGAAGCUGCUGUCCAAAGAGACAGACGUUCACUGCCAGGCUCACACCGAGUCCAGAGAGGCUCUGCAAGAUUCUGCGGUGUUCUGUGAGCAGCUACGGAGCCAGCUGCUGCAGAGAGACCAUGAUAUCAGAGACCUCACUGCUGUCAAGGACUGCAGGAUAAAGGAGCUUGAGGACAAGCUGAAAAGGAUGGAAACCAAAUUGAAGAAAGAGGAGAGUAACCACAUUAAGAAAUAUGAGGAUGUGAUCCGGGCUCUAAUGAAGUGCGACAUGCAGCUGGAGGCUCAGUACCAGGCCCACACAGAGAAGCUGCAGAAGAUGGAGAAACACAUUGUUAAACUACAUGAGAAUGUGGAGGUUCUGGCUGCAGGGUUACGCUGCAAACAGAGGGACCAACAGGAUGCCAUGGAUCUGAAAGAUGAGACCCUGCAGAGGCUUCGCACAGAGGUUGAUGGAACCCGCACUGGCUGGGACAGGCACAUUAGUCAGUUCUCCAGGGAGAUGGUUGUCAAGGAUACAGAGAUCAUUUCCCUGCAGGAGAGAGCAACCAAAUUUAGGACUGAGCUGGAGAGGAGCAGGGAGGAGAUGGAAAGGUACAAGCAGCAGCUGGGCGCUGGUUUGCAGAGAGAGAAGGCCCUAGAACAGAUGAAAGUCCAGGUUGAGCUGGAGGGGCAGAGACGCUGUGAAGACAUGAAGGCCCAACACUACCUUGCUAAUGAACAGCUAAUACAAGACCUGACGCAAGCUAGAGACCAGGCUAAAGCAGAGCUACAGGAGAAGGAACAAGAUCUGCAGGACUUGAGUCUCUUACUACGGUCUGUCAAAACAGAGAGAGACCAGGCACUGCAGGGUCUAACCCCACAGGUCGACUCUCUGGCAUCAGAAGAGAUACAUCGUCUACAGCAGCAGAACAGCAGUUUGCGGGCCGUGAUCACCCAGAUGAGGAAGGACAUGGAGGGUCUCAUCCAUCUCCUUCCCCAUCCCCAGCCACAGCCACAGUCUACUCCUCAGCAUCCAGGAGCCCCCAUCUCCCCCUCUCUCGCUCCUACAGCGGACAGUCAGAUGCCCACUGGACCAACAGAGCAACCCACUGACACAGGCAGUCUGGAUCCGGUGUCUCUCCUUAAGGCUCGAUGCAGAUACUUAGAGGAGCAGCUGGAAGCAGCGGGUAAAGAGAAUCUGGAUCCUUUAGUUCCUGACAACACACACCUACAGAACCAGGGACUAAAGCAAGGUGUUCUGGUCUCGGAGAAUCGUGCCGACCCCUCGGCUCUGGAGAGGCAGGAGGUCAGAGUGGCACAUAUUGAGUCUGCUCUCGCCAAACUAAUGAAACAGACUGUGCUGGUACGACAGCUCCAGGAGGAGAACCUGUGUUUGAAGCGGCAGCAGGCCUCAGGUCAGAUGUCUUUCGGUCUGGUUGAAGAUGCACAGGUUGCUGAAAACAAACGCCCUGCCCCGCACACCAGACUGAAGCAGGCGGCGUCCUGCAUCGCCCGUCUGAGCAGAGACAGACAGCAGCUGAUAGAGAUGGGGAACCGCCUCCGAGCCCAGAUCACCACCGCUGGACUACAGGAAUCAGUGGAGCCGGAGCGGGACUCGUCCGCAGAGAGACAAGUAGAGCAACAGGACCGGCUGUCUGCCCUGGAACAGCUUCAGUACCAGCUCACCACACAGGAGCUGCAGUAUGCACUGAGGCAGCAACACCUCCUGCCUACAACCAACAACCAGGGGCCCUCCACAGAAAGGGCUGCUAGCCCUUGGUCCCAGGGUCACACAACCACAGAAACACCACAGAGCGCUAAGACAACAGAAAAAACAUUGAGCCAUUCUCAGAGCUCGAUGCCGCUGCAGCCACUCUCCGGUCUGUCCAGGUCCCUGCUGUCCUCAGAGGACUCCCUGCAGUCAUUAAAGGAGCUGUGGGAGAAACUGGACCAUGGUUUCAGUUCAUCAAUGUUAUCAGAAGGUGAGGCGGAGCUGAGCAGGAGGAAGGUGGAUGACUCUGGAAGUGCUGGGGUCCAGAUGACGGCGCAGGGUAUCAGUGCUCCCGUCCGUAGUCGGCUCGCUACUGAAGUCGAGCAGAAGAGAAUCCCUUGUAAAACACCAGCUAACUCUACCAAGAGGAUGUGCAAGAUCAGAAACUACAAUGUGAAAAGUUGACACUCACAAAUAGGACAUCUGUAGACGUUCUGCUCAUGGGGAGUCCUACUGGUACUUUUGUAUAUUCUAUGACUCUGGAAGAGCUUUGUGAAGCGUGAGAAAUACACCUGAUUAUGUCUUAGGAUAAAAUCUAGCAGCAUUUUUUACUGCUCCUUCCAGCAUCAGAGCUCACAUGUCUGACCAGUUAAGAGACCACAGUUAAAAUGAACAUACAGGUUUUAAGUGUGUCUUUUAUCCUCAACAUUUUUUUCUAAAUAACAUUUUGUCAGUAGUGUCCCCUUGGGUCGGCUGUGGCUCAGGAAGUAGAGUGGUCCCACAGUAAUCAGGAGAGGAUUUGAAAGUCAAACUAUUUUGACUGAAUCCAUUCUUUCAUGUCGUUUUUAUUUAUUUAAAUAAAAUGCCCUUUUCGUACUUAUGGAAUGGAACCCCUUUUUAUAGUGACCCUUCUCAUACAGAAAUAAUAAGGGGUUAAUAGUUUUCUGCCACUCAGAUGGUCUUUGGGUUCAUUCCCGAACGGUAGACAUCAUAAAGUGACCUUGGCCAGGAUACUUAACCCCAAAUUGCCCCUGUAGGCAUGGCCAGCAAUGUGUUUUAUGUCUGUUGAAGUAUUCUUAAGUCAUUUUGAAUACAAUUGUGAAAUAAUAUGGGCUUUAAAAUACAUUUCUAUAAAGCAAACUAUUUCUACAAAA